ACAUCAUUAUCAUCCUCCUCUAGCGCUAACAGCACGGCAGCAAAACACACUCCACCGUCCAUCCGUGUGUUAUAUCGUGGUGGUGUGUUGAUCGUGUGUGGUGUGUGGCGUAUUGCUAUCGCAAUAGACUUUCGCGCAAGUGUUUCACAUUACAAAAUUGCUGCUGGAAAAAGCCAUCCCCGGGAGCAAAGCCACUUGUUGCAUCCCUUACCUGCUCGAAUCGACUCCGUGUGCCUUUUUGAGUUCCCUACGGAUAGCAUUGGAUAGUUGUACCAGUUGAUGGAAAUAAAUCGGAAGUCGGUGUCCUCGGACGCGUAUUCCUGAUAAGCUCAGUUGCGAGCGUGUGAAUGAACACCGGAUGAUGGCGAUAGUUGACAGUCGCCACCCUAUCUACCUCCAGUACCAAAGGCACAUGUGCACGAUUGGCAAGAAAGUGUGGUGUACCCGCCGCGUAUGGUAAUUGGAACACAUCCCGGUAUUACUCAUUCCGAGCGGACCGCACCGAGCGGAUGUGUUCACCCCCCCUCAGGACGGGGUGGAACAAAAAUAGAAAAGCGAUAGAGUGAGAUCAUCUUCUUUCUUUCCUGCUCCAUGAGAUUCCGCCCCAAAGACACUGCCUAGGACGUUCAAGCACUUUAACGCUCGCCAAAUUAUUACGGCCCCGAGGCAAAGACCGUCCAAAGGGAGAAGAUUAAGUACCAACCGUUAAUCGUCGCCGUCGCCGUCGCCGUCAUCUUCGCCUCCAGAUAAACACAAAAACGCUCCAGCUCACGCUCCAUAAUUGUAAUUUAUGCCAUUCGAUGUCUAGCAUCCUGCUGGGCCGCAUUGUAUUCGAAAAACGCACACCUUUGUGCGCGCCGCGGCUUCUGCUCUCUAAUUAAUGGCCUUCAUUAACCAAUAAACCGAACCAUCUUCAUCGCAUUCGCGAGCGCGCUCCCGUGUGUGUGUGUGUGUGUGUGUGUGUGUGAAAUAGUCCUCCCGCUACUCUUUUCUCACACACAAAAAAACUGAUCCAGAGUUUAAUUAUGUGGCCACAUACGAUGUAAUGCGAUGCCGUUCGAGUUGCCAAUGAGAUCGCUGGCUCAGCUACUGUGCGAUCGUGAGCUAGCGGUGGACGGUGAGACACGCGAGGCGAAGGGUGGAUCGGAAGGGUGCCGCGUACUUCCGUCGGUGGCGGCCAGCAUGAACACUACCUCGCCCAAGUCGUCGCUCGCCAAGCUGGGCCUGCACCCGAAAACCAAACCGUUCCGUGUGAUGGUGCUGGGGCAGAGUGGCGUUGGAAAGACCGCGAUGGUGGUGCGGUUCAUAACGAAGCGCUUCAUCGGCGAGUACGAUCCGAACCUGGAGAAGGUCUACACCUUCAACACACUGAUCGACAACGAGCUGGUACUGUUCGAGAUACUGGAUGCCGCCGGUCAGCCAAAUGAAGCCGACUGUCUCACGCUGGAAGCGAACAUCCGUUGGGCGGAAGCGUUCAUCCUGAUGUACUCGGUGGCGGACAAGUGCAGCUUCGACGAGUGCAACCGGCUCAAGUUCCUCAUCAACUACAACAAGCGGCGCCGUAGGCUCGGUUCCUACAACAAGGACACGCUGCUGGACGUACCGGUGAUACUGGUGGGCAACAAAAUCGACCAGACCGGUGACCGGAUGGUUAGCACCGAGGAUGGACAGCGGCGAGCGAAGGAGAUCGCCUGUGCCUGCUUCCACGAGGUGUCGGUACGGGAGAGCAUCGAACAGGUGAACGGUGUGUUCCGGGAUGCGUGCCGGUUCUGGCGCGUCCUGUCGCGCUACCCGAAGCUGAAGCGUUCCACCAGCGACGUGCACGAUUUACACUCCGAGGUCGAACUCAUCCUUAGCCCGGACAGCGUCCAUCCGUUCUGUAACUGCGAUCUGAGCCACGAGAAACGCCAAUCCAUCAUCAUACUCGGUCGCCCAUGGACGGAGGAGGAACCGGACGAGACGGAUGAGUCGGAGUCGAGCUGUUGCUCCUCGCAGAAGUCCGACAUCGAAGAGCCAUUCCGAGGUCGAGCAUCGACCGAUGGGACGCUGCUAUCUCGGCCGCGGCGUUGGCGGUUCGCACCACCUGGAUCACUCGGUGGACCCCACGUGGGUCGUGUCGAGCGCCGCAUGAGCAUCUCGAUGCGAGGUAGCAACGCCAGCUACUGAGUGGCACAGAAUGCAGCAUAAGGAGGAUGAGAACGAAGGCCAGGGGACGAAAGUGGGAACAGAGAGACAGUAAGAGAGAGAGAGAAUGCUGAAGAGUGAGGGAAAACAUUGUGAUUCCGUGAUUAGUUUUGUAUUAACGUAUUAGCCCGAAGAACAAACCAGACACUUCGGGAGACACACGCGCACACACAUUCACACACAGACACUGAACUAACUGAUCUGGCGCCUUUGCGCCGAGGAGUCGAGUCUCCUUUAAAGACACACACGCAGGUAUUUUUUAACGAAAACUAAUAAAGUAACAUACAAAAAAAACUCGUUCCGUCUACUCUAGCAGCUAGCAGUUUAAGUCUGGCACACGAGCCUAAGUGAGAGAGUGUAUAUAGGUAGAACCAUGGGGGGAAAAGGUCUGCAAUCAACGAACUAGGUGUAUGCGUGUGUGUGCGUGCGUGUGUAAUUGUAGGAUAUGGAUAACGGGGCAAAUUGGGAGAAUUCCAAAAGGUACAUUCGUAAUAAACAGACAGCCAUUGCUUAUUGUAUGCGGUGCCCA